AUGCACCUCGAGAUCGCGGCAGUGGUGGACUUUGUAUGUCAUUAUCUUUACAACAACCUGCCGCGGCGACGUGUGACCGAGUUUUCCGGCCACUUGGCUGCCGCCAUUCAUCAGCGACUCAUCUUCACCGGCUGCUGGCGACCCGAAGCCCCACAUCUGGGCAUGCAGCAUCGUUGUUUUCGGCUUACCGGACCACAUGCCGACGCCGAUCUUCUCCCAGCAACUGUCGGUCCUGCCGGCGCAUUCGGUCUCAGCCUGGCCGAGGUAACGGCCUGUCUGCCAGGAGAAGAGUUGACCUUUUGGAUAGACCCCGGUGAAGUGACAUACCGGGUGGGACUCGGAGAGAUUCAGACUCUCUGCCUGCUAGGGCGGGAUCGUUUGGCCGGAUCUAUCGCCAGGGCAGACGACUUCGGGCAGACGAGUCGACAACAUGUUUCAAGCCAGCGGCAGGGCGAGGAUGUGGCGGGUGAGGCCCGAGGGAGGCAAGAUGUCUGGUCGCCGGAACAGUUGUUGCUAUCCGAAACUUCCAGACAUCGAGAACUCGGAUUCGACGAGCCUCCGAUGUCGGUUUUGACGCCCCAAGUGAACCGAAUGGAGAACGGACCAUCUUCCGGCGGUGCUCCUGAACUGGCCACUAAAGCUGGAAAUCUCUCUCCUACAAAUGUCGUUCCAGAGGAUCAACGCAACCUCUCCUCCUCUCACGCCAUCCCGUUACCUGCAUUACUGGCCCAUCAACACCAGAUCAGCCCUACCUACCCGGUCGCCUUGGUCACACCGAGUCUUCCAACAAUCAGGCAGCCGUGCCGUUGUCCUGGAGUGAUGCCCCAACUGGUGCUGUUGGAUCGGCCGAGCCCUUUUGAGCCCGCAAUUCUGGAGCCCGGGCUGCCGAUACCGUCUUGUCGGGAUCCCACUUUUUCAGCGGCCAAGUUCGCCCAGACCAAGUUCGGCUCGACUAAGUUGCGCAGUCUGGUCGUCGGCAGUGGUACCUGCUCAGCCUCGGGCUCAAGCGCAUCCACCGCCAUCACGACUCCCGUUGACCUGCAACGACGAUCGGCCAAUUUCGCUUUAUCUGUCGUCUCGCCGUCUCGAAAUCCGCAGCACAUUUACUGCUUGUCGCUUCCUCGCACCAAACCGUCUACUCAGCCUCACCGUCCACGGCAUCACUUGUCGUCU